AUGUCGCUAGAGACGCUCAAAAUCGGCGACGAGGUCUGCGUUGACAGAGGCUCCGACGAUCCCCGCCCCGGCUGCAAACAGCGAUUCGGCCGCAUCAUCGCUCUCUCCCGCGGCCUCCCUCCUGGCUACGCCAUCGAACUGUCGGAGCGUGUGCACGAGGGCACUGUGGAGUACGACGUGAAGCGCGAGAGCCUCUGCCUCGCCUGCGAUGUGCCGUGCGAGGUGGGCGAGGAGGUGGUGCUCGACGCUGCUAGCGAUGCGCCGCGGUUUGGCAAAAUCCACGCAAUCAAGCGCAGCUUCCCCGCGAUUCAGUACGUUGUCGAUGUUGCUGGGACGCUCGAGCACGACGUGCCCAUCGAGCGGCUUACGCGGGGCUACAACCCGGAAGACGCCGGCAGCUACUGCAAUGUGAUGUAG